UAAAUCAAAUUCAAAUAGUUAUGCGCGAAUAUAUACAUAUGUCGGACUCGAAAAUGCCUAAAUCGGAAGUUGGAAGGCAUCGAAUGACGUCGAGUUUAUAUUCAGAAGCUAAAAGGAAAAAGAGAGAAAAACAUUGAUAGAUAAAAAAUAAAUGGAAGAUGCAGCUGAAAAGGACGGAUGUUCUACAACGUACAUAAUAUGCAUUUCGCUGCAGUUCCUGUUAAACCUUUAUGAUUACGCUAUGCGUAGAGAGGUUAGAGACUGUUUACUUGUCAAAUUGACAGUGUCGGGGAUAAACGUAGGCGAAACAUGAGAGAGAUCUGAGGAGAAGUGACGAGACGCUCUCGCGGAAAUCAUGUUUUUCCCCGUAGGGUGGCCGCGGGUUCUAAAUUCCAGCGAGCCGAGUGAAAUAAAUGCCGUAGUAUGCAAUAGAGACAAAAUUCUCUUUGCUGUUCUAACCACGGAUGCUCUCACCAUCUGGUACUGCAAGCCCUGUGUACCAGUUGUAUUUAGCAGACGAUCUGCAGUUUCUUUACGAAAACAUGGUGAAAAUGUUUUGGUACAAUGGAGACCGGACUCAAGUAUGCUGGUUAUUGCAACGUCAGACAGUUACCUGUUAUUCUAUCGGCUUUCGGAUAGCAGUCCAGAAGGCCGGGGACUUUACGAACAGCGAGAUUCACCGGUCACCAGUCUGAAACGAGAUAGCGCCGAAUUAUUUAUUAAAGAAGUCAUUCCAUCUCUCGUCUUGAGUUUUGAAAAGUCAGCUUGGAUUGAUGGCGGAAUCAGUUCAUUAGUUUGUAUACGAGACGAGCUCAUGGUAGCAACCAAAACUAGCCAUGUAGUGCGUCACAAAUGGGAUGGUACUAUGAAUCGUGACUAUUCUUUGGAUUUGAGACGUAUACCAUUCAGUAUUGAUCAACAAAUCUCUACUGUGGCUGUGCCACUCACAGAGAGCAAUAUCUAUGUCACUGAUAUUGAAUAUUCGCCUCUUGUUGGAGGCUUUGCUAUUGUGCUUAGUAAUGGAAAAGCUGCAUUUCUUACUGCUCAAUCUUUGAAGUUUGAUCCUAAUCAAGUGCAAGGAAUCUGGGCUCGAGAUUUGGACGAUGCUACUUGUGCUGCUGUUAAUCAUAAAUAUCGGUUAAUUGCCGUUGGUAGGCAAAACUCCGAAGGCAUUGUUUAUUAUGUCGAUGAAACAACAGGAGGUUUAGAGAUGUCACACACUCUGAGUCUAUCUUCCAAAGAUUAUCCAGGUCGACCAGGUAGCGUCAAGUGUCUUAGAUGGACGCCUGAUAGUUGCGCUAUCGCGCUAGCAUGGGAAGGCGGCGGCUUAGCACUCUGGAGUACCUUUGGUGCUCUGUUACUCUGUAGUUUGAAGUGGGAUUAUGGCCUACGAGUGGAUCUGAUGCAUGAUAAUCCUCUGCAUAUUCAUACGAUGGAAUGGUCAGCAGAGGGUUAUCAAUUGUGGAUGUUACGAGAAUCUCCAGGACCUUUGGUUAUCGAAGAAAACGGUAACGAAACGUCCAGUUUAUGUCGUUCACUCAUCCAACUGGAUUUCGCUAAAAGCCCUCUGACUAUUAACCCGUGCAUGGGUCAUCACGGGCAUCUAUAUCUUCAAGGCGAGGACAGACUGUAUUUAAAUUUAGGCGCUGGAUUAUCCUCGACUGCUUCGGGUUUUCAUCUCGCUACCGAAAUGCCCAAUGACAGUAUGCUUCAGACACUUGCCGGCUGUAAACAGUGGCUCGUUGUGCCAAUUCCAACUGCAUACAGUGGCUCUAAUUGGCCAAUACGGUAUACCGCAAUAGAUAGUGAAGGUUUGAGUCUCGCGGUGGCCGGUCGAACGGGAUUAGCGCAUUAUUCCCUACCUUCGAGAAAAUGGAAAUUGUUCGGCAACGAGAGCCAAGAGCGGGAUUUCAUAGUGACUGGUGGAUUGCUGUGGCAUAAAGGAUAUCUCAUAGCUAGCAGUUAUUCCAUCUUGGAUGAUAAAGACGAGAUUAGGAUUUAUCCACGCGAUACUCGACUCGAUAAUAAUUAUGUCAAGAGUGUUAGGAUGCCCUCGCAGGUGUUAUUACUGAAUACGAUGAAAGACAGGCUCUUAACAUUCUGUUCCAAUGCUCAGAUCAGCAUAUACGAUAUGGAGUUGCAAAAUGAUGUCGAAACUGGCAGUAUCGAGCUAACGAGAAUACAGACGGUGGACAUCGGCGGAUUGUGUAUACAUCCUGCUUGCGUAGUCAGCGCUACGUUGACCACAAUUCGUGCAGAAACUGCUGGCAGUCAUCCUCAUCCCGAGAGCCUCCUGCUAAACGUCUCCGGACGUCUUCUCAUGGUUCAACGGGAACAUUGUACCGACAACUCGGAUGUCCGAUUUACAUGUGGGGCGCCAACGGUGUUAGCGUCAUACGUCGAGAACGUUUGGGUGCCGUCGCGCUCAAGAAGAGACAAGCCACACUUAACCGAGGCUCUGUGGCUCUUCUGCGGAGCGCACGGCAUGCGAGUUUGGUUGCCGCUGUUCCGUAAUCAUCAAGAGAAGGCGCACGCCUUCAUGAGCAAGCGAAUAAUGUUGCCUUUUCACUUGCGGAUUUAUCCACUAGCGAUACUCUUCGAAGAUGCGAUUUUGCUCGGAGCCGAAAACGAUACUGUGCUGUUCACUUCGGAUACUAACUCUCCCUUUUCACUGCCCUUCAAUUUAUUGGAGCUUACGAGUCAAGUAUAUCUGCAUCAGAUUCUGCGUCAGCUGAUACAUCGAAAUUUGGGCUAUCACGCGUGGGAGAUAGCACGUUCGUGUUCCGCAUUGCCGUAUUUCCCGCAUUCGUUGGAGCUGCUGCUUCACGAAGUCCUCGAGGAGGAAGCGACAAGCAAGGAUCCUAUUCCGGAUGCUCAAUUGCCGUCCGUUGUGGAGUUUAUUCGCGAGUUUCCCGGUGUUUGGGCCAGAGCGGUCGUCCAAUGCGCUCGCAAGACCGAAAUCGCGCUUUGGCCGUAUCUGUUUUCCGUUGCCGGCCCUCCAAAGCAGCUAUUACAAGAUUGUCUGCAGCGUCAACAGCUCGAUACUGCUGCCAGUUAUUUGAUCAUUUUACAAAAUUUAGAACCAUCUUCCGUCAGCAGGCAACACGCUACAUUAUUGUUAGAUGCUGCGUUAGAGCAAGGUAGAUGGGAAUUAUCGAGGGAUCUCGUGAGAUUCCUUAGAGCAAUCGAUCCGAAUGAUGUAGAGUCUCCACGUACAUCAUGGGGUGGCAGUGCGAAACUAGUUGGCCCUCCUCAAACACCUCCUCUCUCACCACACGAGGACGAUUUGUCCUUAGUCUUGGGGACUAUGCAAGUUUCAAGAAGCCGCAGUUAUAGCACUACAAUUACGCCCAAAAUGCAAUCCGAAAAAGAUGUCGCGCCGUCUUCUAUGCUCGAAAAAACCCGGAAUGUUGUUAUGAGGCGAAAGAAAUCGGUUCCAACAGUGAAAACUAGCGAGAAAACUGAAAACAAGGAAGGAUCGGCAGAAGAGUUCUUUAUUGACGUUAUUUUACAACGUCAUGCUCGGCGACUGCUUUCAGCUCGUCGCUUAACCGAUUUGGGUAGAUUCGCGGCACGUCUCGACUUCCAUCUAGUGACAUGGUUCGCUCGAGAGCGUGAUAGAGCAGCGAGAAUCGAUGAUUACGUGGGCACUUUAAAAGCAGUUCAUGAAGAUUUUGUGUUCCCAUAUCCGACACUUUCAUUGCCAACAUUGCAAAAAUUUCGAAGAUCUAGCCUCACCUCCCUACACUCUGUAAUUUCCGAUGAUGAAACCUUAUCUCCGAAUUUAGCUAUUGAUUUACCUGACAGCGGGUACACUAGUCUUCCAAGUGGUAGGCCACCGUAUACAACGCUGAUCUCACCAGUCGCUAGUUUGGAGACGCAGUUUCCAACUGCAGAAGCUAAAUUAACGCCAAAUCUAAUAAAUGAUGCCAACAGCGUUCUUAGUGAUACUAGUACGAUCUGGAGAGACGACGCAGAAUCUAUUGUGGGCUCUGUAUGUUGGGUUUCGCCAGAAUCGGUGGGACCUACAGAACUCAAUACGGUUGCAUCAACUUCCGCGCCAAUCGGCCGGGCGGAAGUACAACUCAGGUAUUUAUUGCAGCUGUUUCUCGAAGGCAGUUGUUUAGGAUGGGCUGCAGUAGUAGCUACCGUCCUUCGAGACGCGGCUGCCAUGGCUAGAACCAUCAGGACAGCACAUGCACCAAUGCAAACUUUUGACUCUAUAAUUAACCUACGAGAUGGAUUGCUUACCUUGACCAAGUGGUCUCAAUCGGAAUGCCUAGGAUACCGUCCUUUUAUGUCCAACAUCCAAGGCCAAAUAUCACUAUUGAAUAGACUAGUGAUAACUAAACAACAGCAGGAACAAGAACAGAUACCGGAGAGUCCUUCACCGAGCCCAGCUCCCUCCGCUGGAAGCAAUCAACGCGGCACUCUCUCCCGUUCCAGACACUCGUCAAUCAGUCAUGCUUCCAAUACAGCUCCGCUCGAAGAAGAGCGUUCGCACGAGUCAUCCUUGAUCGUCGAAGAAUCGACAUUCCACGGAAAUUACAAUAAUAAUCUCACUGUUACGGAGGACACCAAAUCGCAAAGCACUUGUGCAAUUUCUUAAGGGUGCCUUACGAAGCACCGAAAGCUAUGGCUGUCCAUUUUGCUGUGGAUUUUACCAAAAGAGUUUUUUCCACUUAAGAGCAUAAAGAUCUUUAUUGAAUUAUAUUUUUAAUAUAAGAAUGCCGUUUAUUAUUGCAUAAUUAUUUUAAAGAGAUUUAAUCUUAAUAUUUUGAUUAAGGUCUUGAUUGAUUGUCCUAGUAUCGAUUAAGGAAAACUUUUGUAAUGCGACAAUAUCCUCUAAAAUUGAUAUUAACGACUUCCGUCUAAAAAGUAUUUCAGAAAUCCUGAUCCGAAAAAAUCAUGGAAAUUGUAAAUAGGAUUUUGAAAUGUUUUCUACAUCAGAUUUUGAAUUGUACAGGGUGAAAAAGCAGUAACUCCACCAACUGUAUUAUAUAUACAUUUACGAUCAUUGUUAAAAUAUACGUUGCAUCGUGAAAGAUAAAACUUUAAUGCGAUGUGCAAGAUCGCUUAAUCACAGCAGUUUUAAAACAAUUUUAAUGCUGUUCAUAUAAAAGUAUAAUAUACAAGAUGUGUGUGCGAACAUUGGCUCAUUUAUUAAUUGCGAGCAAUAGUGAAUAGCAAUAUAACGAAGCCAAUAUAAAUAAACAGCAGUUCAAAGGAAUUAAAUCAAAAUUGGCACAUCAAUAGGUCUGAUAUUAUAAUGAUAAUUAUGUAAUACAUAAAGUGAUGAGAAUUAUUAUAU